CUUUACAGUUUUCUUUUCACCAGAGUCGAACGGUAUUCACACUUUGGUCUGUGAGUUUGUGCAGUCAAAGUGUUUGAUAGUGGUCUUUGGACUAAAAUUAGUGCACACCCAUUAUAUUUAUAUAUAUAUAUAUAUCAUCGUAAUCGUAUCUGCAACUGAUCAAUCUCCAUCAUGCUUGUUUGUUUCUCAGCAUUUAUAACAAUCAUUGUGUACUCCAUACUUUCCUUUCUCUACUCUGUAACUGUAAUGUCCUCCAAACCUGAAUCUUUCUCUCCUUCAGUUAAGCCUUCAUUGUUGUACCCAGAAAAAACCAUAAUUCAAUGCUCAAAACCCAUUUACCAUCAUCACCACUGCCUUGCAUGGAAGUUUUCGUACAAUUCCAGCACACCCAGUUUCAAAAAACCCAAAAAGGUAAAUAGGGGGAGAGGGGUUAGUGGGGUUUGAACCCCAAUGCUCAGGCACCAAAGAGUUUCUGCAACUGGGGUAUCCGUCAAACCCUCCCACACAGGUGUAUGCCGGGGAGGCAACAUUUUGAUGCUUAAAGGCCUUGAUCUCAACUAUGUGAGGAGGGUUCAUAUGUUGGCAGCAGGAUUUACAGUUGUGGACACAACGACCUAUAGGUUUUGUGUUUGAUGACUGAGGAACUUGAACUCAGAGACUUUUUUGCAUGAUGCGGUUUUGAUGGAUUUGAUUGUUCAAUAUGACAAAUUGGAGUACCAGGUUUUUCUUGAGAAGAAAGAGGUUAAAAAGGAAAUUUAAAAUGUUUGAAACUGGCAGUAAGCCUAUCCGAAAGAGGAGUGAUGCUUGGUAUGAAGUAGAAUCUGCAGAAGACAUCCUCGCUGAUAUUCUCUCAAGGGUUCCCAUUAAGUCCCUUCUAGCUUUCAAGUCUGUUUCUAAACAAUGGCGUAGAUUGAUACAGAGUUCAACCUUCAUCAAAUUGCAGUUACGCUGGUCCCUGGAAAAACCCAAUUAUUUAAUUUAUCCCUAUAUGGAUGGGUUAGUGAAUUUGUACAAGAUGAAGGGCAAAGGGGAAAUCAUUGAAAAGAUUAGUCUUUUUGGUUGUGAAGAUAUUUAUUCUCUCAGUCUGCUUUGUUCUUGUAAUGGUCUACUGUGUUUCAUCAACUACCCAUUCGUUCCAGACUCAAACAGGGAAUUAGUAUAUUUGAUAGACUUUGAUAUCCGUAUCUGCAAUCCCGCUACUCGUGAAGUCUAUUUACUUCCCAAGGGUAGUCCUUCUGAGAAGAAAAUAUCUAUUGGAGUUGCUUUUGGCCCCAAACCUUGGGAGUACAAAGUUUUUCGGUUUUUCCAUCCCAAGUAUGAUUCCGAUGAUAUCAAGUGUGAGAUAUAUUCAUCCAUUACUGGAUCCUGGAGAGGCAUAGGUGAUGUCCAGUACUGUCCCAUUGGUAUCCUGUACUGCCCCUUGGGUUCAAAUCAUGUAUAUGUUAAUGGAAAAAUAUACUGGUUUCUUCCUGAAGAAGGAGAUAUUAUAACCCCUGGCUCCAUUCUUUCAGUUGAUAUUGAGGAAAAUUUUAAAGUUAUCAGUCUUCCGGAUGAAGUCACUGCACAUGCAUUCUUGGUUGAUUUGGAAGGUUUCUUAUCACUAGUUGCUGUAUAUGAUGAUGAUCAAGUUGUAGAUGUAUGGAUUCUACAUGAUUCGAAUGAGUCUAAUUGGGAAAAGAAAUGUAGUGAUUAUGUUCCUUUCUCAUGUGUAGACUCUAUUAAUUUUGUAGCUGCACGGAAGACUGAAAUUUUUUUCAUCACUUCAGACCAGUAUCUGAUCUAUAAUUUGGACGAUGGCACCUGGACAGAACUUGAUUUUGAAGAUGAUUUUGAAAGUAAUCUUCCUGUUGUGCUUCCUUAUACAGAAAGCCUCCUCCCAUGUAAUGGAAUCCUGGGUUCUGAAAGAGAGCAUAACAAUUAAAAAGGAAAUUGGUUUCCAUUCUUGAGAUUUUGUUAGAAGCAUGACAAGGUUUGCAGUGGGCAACAUUAUGAUUCCCUAGAUCAUGAUUCUCAGUGAAAUCUCUCUCUCUCUCUUGCUCUCUUCUCUUACUUGUUUACCUCUUCCUUUUAGAACAUAUGAACUGAUAGUUGUCUGGGUAUGCUUUUAUUGCAUUCUGUGAAAUCUGGAGAAGUUUUACUAUUGGCUUCUUCCAUGUGUUUGCUCCUUUCAUGUGGCGUUUUGCUUAAAUGAACAUGCCUCUUUUCUGGGGCACGUGAAAACACUGAUAAUCUAUUUUAGUUUGAAAGACUAAGAAGGAUAUUCUUAUGGAUUUUUGGAAUGAACUCCUUGAAGGUGGCUUGGGUUUUCUUUAUUGGUGUUACAAUAUUGGGAAGUAUAUAUUACCUUUUGUUACUUCCAUCAUAUCAGAAGGAAAAACUAGGACAUUCCAUAUUGUGGA